UAAGAUUGAACCGAGGUUCUACCAUUGUUAUAUUCUUUAGUAAGUGUGGUACCCAAGUACGGCCCUGACGCCAACAUCAGUAGGAACAAACGAGUACAGCCCUGACCGAUUAGCGGGAAGCUGUCAAGUGAGGAUUAGGGAAGUAAACAACAGCAGAGUCAGUCUGAUCUGGAGUAGCGUGACGAGUGGUCGUAAGAGUACCACAUUGGCGACGAGGAAAAACAAGUGAUUUGUGAAUAAUUGAAAAGGGUGAGAGCUGCACUGCCGCUCGAAGCAAGUCCGUCCCAUUUAUAAUGUAAGCUCAGAACCUAAUUCGCCUCGCAAGAGAUAAGACCGCGGUAUCAAAAAGUACCACCGAGUUAUAGAUAUGGAAACGGACGAAUUCGGCUUCGCGUUGCACGUCGAUUCCUCUGAUGACGACGACGACGUCGAAGACGUCACAGAAGAUCCGGAACUCGCAGCAAACAUCUACGGAUCAACUCAGCUGUACCAGCUGAUUCGCAGCGGAAACCAGCGCCGAAUAGUUCAGCUGAUCGAUGCUUACGGAGAGGAUUUCGGCAAGGUUCGGAAGCACCUGGAGCGUAGGUAUCAGUGGGAUAAGGAAGACAAGAUAUGGUUGAAGAAGACGAUUCUGGUGGCUUGUAGUGAGGAGCAGUGUCGAGUUGCUAAAAGCUUGGAGAGUGCGGUGAUUGAGUUGGAUGAUUUGCGGAAAGCUGUGUUCGUGCUGCUGCAACAUCCGGUGAAUGAUGAAGAGGUAGCGAUUCUUCAUCCAGAUGAGACAAGCAGAUUAGCGGUUGCCCAGCUGAUCAUCCAGUUAAUUCCGAACGGAUUCCUCACUUGGAAGUGCAUCGCGUCAGGUGGAAAGAACGAAACCUUCAUGGAAGCGGCCGCGGCUUGUGGACUCCACGAAGUGAUCGACAAGCUGUACGAGCUGGGCGAUCCGAUCGCGAUCCCACAGCACUAUCCGUUGCUGGAGGCGCGUGGCUUCGAUCGGAAGGGCACGAUCCAGUGGCUGCUCACGAGGCACUUUGACAACUUUGACUGCACUCUCCGGGAUGCUUCCCAGCGCAACGCGCUGAUCGUGGCGCUGCAAAGAAACGAUCCCAAGAUGGUGGAGCUUCUGCUGGGGAAAAUGAUUGCCUAUCGAUGCAAGCACUACGGGGAGUCGGAAACGGAAGCGUUCAACAAGCUUUUUCGCUACGAAAGCAACGAGUCUGAUGCGUCGAUUUUUUCUUUUCUUUGGCGGAGUAAGCCUAUGUACGAGGUUGUUGAAAAAGCUGUAAUUCAGUACAAACUUGAUUUAUCCUAUCAAUACAAUUACAGUUCGAACAUAGAAAACCUCUUAGACGCUGAAAUUGCACUAGAGUACUGCUUCGCAGGAAUCCGUGCCAAUUCCGAACUACUCGGAAUCCUUACCUCAAAAAAUUGCUCAAUCCUGCACGACCUGCUGCGAAAAGGGCACGUUGACUUUCUCCGCGAAAUGUACCGCACUAGUCCCGAGAGCGAGUUGUGGCGCUAUAACCACGGCGAAUAGUGUCCAGGGCAUUCGUG